UGCACACACAAAUGCACAUGCAUGCACACGCACACACAUCAACACACAUGCACAUAUGCACAGACAUGCACGCACAUGCACGCAGACACACGCACAUGCAUGCACGCACAGACACAUGUACACUGACAUGCACAUACAGAAUGGAGAGACGCACACCCUCGUGCCCGCGUGCGGGAAUAUGCAUGCACACACGCGCACACACGCAGGCCGGGGUCCUUGUCCGGCGCGGGCGGCCCCCGCCACCCCCCGGGGCAGCCUGGGCAGCGCGGCCGGCGGAGGCCCGGAGCCCCCGGGGUGCCGGGAAGAGCCCGGCAGGUCGCGGGCGGCGCAGGGCCGGGGGCGGCGGGGCGGCUGCGGCCGGGCUCCCCCUCUGCUCCGGCCGCCUCCUGCCCGGCCCCGGCCCCGGCCCCGGCGCUGCCCCGCUCCGAGCCCCGCAGCCGGCGGGCAGCAGAGGGGAGGGAGCCCGGCCCCGCGGGGGGAGCGCACGGGCCGGGCCGGGCCGGGCCAAGCGGGGCUGCGACCGCCGCCUCCCGCAGUGCCCGGCCCGGCCCGGCCCGGCCCGGCCGGCUGCAAACGCCCCGGUCCCCCUGUCCCGCGGCUCCAGGACGUGGGGACAGACAGGCACGGACCCCGUGUUGUUAUAUUGGAGUAGACAUAGGUGCCUCUGUAUACAAGAGUCGCUGAGAUUUUCAUGAGGGGUGGGAGCUGCGGGUGACUCUUCUCGGGCUUGGAUGUGAGAUUGCAGCAGUUCCUGCAUCCCCUGGUGUGACAGAGCUGGCAGAUGGAGGCAAGGAUGGAGACAGAGCGUCCUGUGCUCUGGGGGCUCCUCCAGCCCCUCCUCAGCCACAUGAAGGUCCAAGAAGCCUUACCUCAACCACCGGAUGUUCCCUGUCACAACCUCGAACCAGGGGAUUGGAUCUACGUAAAGGUCUAUCAACGGAAAAACGCACUUCAACCCAGAUGGAAAGGACCUUUCCAGGUACUUCUGACCACUAAUUCUGCUGUUCGUUGCCAAGGUCACCAAACGUGGACUCACGCCUUGCACUGCAAGAAGGUAUCACCUCCAUUGGACCCCGAAGCAGCUGUAUUCCAACCAAGGUUGGGAUCUUUCCCUGAGGCCAAGGACAAAGACCCUCAGGACCUCACUCAGGCAAGUGAGGAGCAUCAGGGUGCAAGUGCUAAUAACCUCUCCCCUGCACCCAACACCUCAGCCCAGCCGGAUUCAUCAGUUGAAGAACGAAGAUAUCAUCUUCGGCCUCGAAGAAAGUGAAUGCUCCCAUUCGGAAGAUCACCACCUCGAUCAAGAGCAAGAGCCGAUAUUAUCAGUCCUUUAGGUAACUUGAGCCCAGAGGACAAAGAAAGACUUUGGCUGCCAUCCUGGGUUUGGCUGGCAGUGUUCUUUUUCUUACUGGUACUGGUUAUGUUUGUUGUUAAGAUUCUUUGUCCCUCCUGUAUCUAAAAAUGGCACUGAUAUCCUUAUAUAUCACACUUGGGUAUCUCAGUAUCACCCAAGGGGGGUGGGGGAAAAAUUUGUAUUUGCAGAUCUCCCAUGCGGUGGCUCAAGCUGGAAAUAAAAGUGACUGCUGGAUAUGCUCUCACAGCCCAGCACACCUACACCAAGGAAUCCCAAUGAUCGGAGUACCAAUAUCCCUCCAGCAAUGGGGAACAAUAAAUGGCGGCUUUGUUAGACACUACUCGUUAGCUGCCCAUCGGUCCGCUCCUAAAGAAUGGAGGGCCGCCCCUGCUAACUGGAUAAUCUCCCCAAGAGUAGAGGCGCCUUUCUGUUACAGAUCCAACAACACCGGAGCUUAUAAUAAAGCCACACCUGUAGGACACUACCCUCAUUGCCUAACUACUCUAGAUUAUAGCCCUAGUAGCACCAGUGGAAUCCUGUUGGGUAACGUACCCUCUCUCAAUUGUACAGGAUUCAUGGUCUACAACUUUUCUAAGGAACCUCAUGUUGCUCUCAUUGCAAACAGAUCGGAAUUUUACAUUCACUCCAAUUUUACUUCUUGUAAUAUGUGUCGGUCCAGCAGGAUAGCAGCUGAACGUGGACCGUCCUAUACGAUGCAUAUCAAUCGAAAGUGCCGGAUAGGGCACAACAACUGUCGAGAUUUGAGUACCCUUUCUGCCCCAGGCCUUUACUGGCUCUGCGGAAACAGGGCUCAUAAAAUCUUGCCCUGGAAUUGGGUGGGGGCAUGCACUCUUGGACGUGUUAUCCCUGGUUUCGAAAUGCAUAGUGCAAUAUAUCUGGAACAAGUAAACAAUUUGAACCAUCACAUGAAAAGGGCGGUUAACCCCUCAGCUACCAGAAACACAGGGUUCCAUCGAUUUGUGAGAACCUUCAUACCGUGGCUUGGAGUAAGAGAAUUGGAACUAGCCAUAAUUAACAUUUCAGCCACAAUGGAAGCUAUGGGAAAUGCCACUGCGGAUGCAAUUCAGGCUCUGCAAAAAGAGAUCUCCCAGAUCUCACAAGUAACUAUACAACACCGCAUAGCCCUAGAUUACCUAUUGGUAUCCCAGGGAGGAGUAUGUGCCUUAGUAAACUCCACCUGUUGUGUCUAUGUCAAUCAGGACAUGCGAAUCAAAACUGACAUUCGCAAAAUCCGAAAUCAGUUAAGGGUCCUACAUCAAGUGGCCUCAGAAAAUACUGACUGGGGUCUAGAAGAAAUGUGGUCUUGGCUAACCUCCUGGCUCCCAGAUUUCGGGGCCCUUGGCAAGAAAAUCCUGUAUGGAAUAUUGUUUGUCUUGAUAGUUCUGAUAAUGUUCUAUGUCUUAAUGCAACUGAUCCUCUGCUGCGUGAAAGCCAGCAGGGGAAACUUUAGCAAGGCAAGAAAACCCACAGCAGAGUCUAGAAUAAUGGUGUUACAAAAGUGUGAGCAGAUUGAAAGAAAACAUGAAAGGCUGCAUGAUGAAAUAGAGGGGCUCAUGAGAAUGGAAAUUUAAGGCUAAAGUGAGACUAAAUAGUCUCAAAGGGGGGGGCGCUGUGGAAUCAGAAAAAAUAUAUGCCUUAAACUUUGAUAAUUUUAGUUAUAAGAUGACAUAACCGCUUUGUGUAGAAUUGCUGGCUCUGUACAGUAGAACAGAUAAGGGCAAGUGUUUGUUCUUUGUAACUCUUCUGCAACUGCUUCGUUCUCCACGGCCUUGAAGGUAGAAAAAAAAAGUAUGUACAAAGUAGAUUUCCAGGUGCAAGAAGGAGGUUUGUGAACUAACCCUACCUCCCCCAUAAUUCCUAUCCUGAUAACAGCAAAGAAAUAAUGAAGUAAUAUUAUAGCCGCUUUUCAUGCUAAUUUCACUAUAUGAUCACGUGAGUUGUAAGUGACUGUUAAAAAGUAUAUAAGCCUCCUGAUUUUGCUCUUGGGGGGGGACCCCUUCCAAGUGCUUGGGAAAUCCAUGUCACUUUGCAACUCCCCCUACAGCUAUAGUUUCUUUUGAAUAAAAGCUUCUGCUGACCUGACCCAAAAGUACUCUGUGUGUGUUUCCACGACACUGUCAUUUAAUGAAAAUUGUAUUGCCUUGUUUGCAUCCCCUUCCCCAAAUUGUUUGGCAUCCCUGUGCCCAGGGCAGAUGCACCCCACCCUGCUUUAUUUUUUGUUUCUGACCUUCAGGGGUGUGUGAGUGAGUGGGUAUCUUGGUUCUUAUUGUGAAUACACUGAAAUGCACCAUGAAUGGACUGUGUAUUUCCACACUGACUCAGGGUUUUACCAAUGAAAAGGAAAAUAAAAGGGUCAAAACAUUAAAGGAUUGUUAUG